GAGAGAGAGAGAGAGAGAGAGAGAGAGAGAGAGAGAGAGAUGAAGGGUAUAUAGAUAGACUAGCGUUUCAUAGAUCGGUAGCUGUUGUUACAAGAAUUUACAAAAAAACACGCUAUUAAAUUAAUUACAAUUACAAGCUUCAAUCUUGGCUUUUUUCUUCUGCGGAUUAACCGAGGAGGGGAGGGAGGAUGUCCAGAAACACAGGUGGAAAGGGGAUGUUUUUUAAUGAUAUAGAUGUCUUGACCAAAGCUUUGUAUCAAGAUAAACAACCACAGCCUACAAUCGGGAAUUCGACAGCUAGUAGUCGAUCGAAAGCGGUCACAAAACCACCAUUUCCUGAUACCAAGUCUAAAUCCAAAGUCAACAGUAAUGAAGAUCGGUUUCUCAAGGAUAAAAAGUCAAUUUGGAGUUGGAACACUUUGAAAUCGUUUACACAUGUUCGGAGCAAACGAUUCAACUGUUGUUUUUCUCUUCAAGUUCAUUCGAUUGAAGGGUUACCUCCGAGUUUUGAUAAUCUUACGCUCUGUGUCAAGUGGAAAAGACGUGAUGGUGAGUUGACCACUCGGCCCGCGUUGGUUUUGAAAGGCGUGGCGGAAUUCGAGGAGCUUUUGACCAACACUUGCUUGGUUAGUGGUAGCAGAAGCGGGCCCCAUCACUCGGCCAAGUAUGAGGCCAAACACUUUUUGUUGUAUGCGUCUGUGUUCAGUGACCCUGAGGUUGACUUAGGAAAACACAGGGUUGACCUCACUAGAUUGCUCCCUCUUACGUUGGAAGAGCUGGAGGACGAAAAAAGCUCCGGAAAGUGGACUACGACUUAUAGGUUGUCGGGAAAGGCAAAAGGCGCGACUAUGAAUGUCAGUUUUGGGUAUUCAAUAGUUGGCAGUAAUGUUGAGAUGGUCAAUUCUUCAGUCAAGGCGUCCGCUCAAAGUCAACUUAAACGGGUUGAAAGUCUUCCUGUUAAUUCUCAUUCUGUUGAAGAUAUAAAGGACCUUCAUGAGGUUUUGCCUGUGUCCAAGUCGGAACUUUCUGAGUCGGUUAGUAUGUUGUAUAAGAAACUCGAAGAAGAAGAAGAAGAAGAAAAGUCAAUUAUCUCUGUUGACUAUGAAACUAAACGAGCUGUUCAAGUUGUAGCUCCUGAACCUGUAAAUCAAGAUUUAAACUCUACUGAUUAUGAUAAUAUUAACAGUGAGUUUUCUGUCAUGGAGCAGGGAAUUGAAAUUCCCUCAAAAGAAAACGUAAAAGAAGAUGCUUUAAAAGGUUUUGACAGUUCGAGUCUUGAAUCUUUGCUGGUCGAAAGAUCCAAAAGUCAAACCGAAGAAUGUGUUGUAAGUGAAAGCAAUACCAAGGAAAAAGAAUUUGACGACAAAGAAUUACUCCUGCAAGAGUUGGAGUUGGCCUUGAAUAACGUGACGGACUUGAAAGAAGAAUCCGAUUCUCAAGAAGAAAGCGAAUGUUUAAACGAAACUGAAUGCUCGGAGGCUAAAACUGGUUACAAAGAGAAAGGAAAAUCACUCAAAUUAGAUUACGAUACUGAGACUGUCGCUGAUGAUUUCUUAAACAUGCUUGGGAUAGAACACAGUCCCUUUAGUUUGACUUCCGAAAGCGAGUCAAAUUCGCCACGUGAGCGGCUACUAAGACAAUUUGAGAAGGAUUCCAUGGAUAAUGGUUCUUCGUUAUUCAACUUUAAUCUUGACGACGAUGAUAUUGAUAUGUUAGGGUGCACACCCGAAGAACCGCCACGGAACAAAACAAAUGCAUCAAUCAUAGAAGAGAUGGAGACAAAAUCAUUGAUGUGUGAGUGGGGUCUAAACGAGAACGUUUUUCAGGGUUCACCGUCAAGUGGGCCGGGUGGUCCGGUUGACCUUGACCCAUCUCCUGAAGGGCAUUUUGAGCUUCCUCCACUCGGAGAAGGGUUAGGCCCAUUUGUCCAGACCAGUAACGGAGGGUUCUUACGGUCAAUGAACCCUGAGAUUUUUAAUAAUGGUAAAAUCGGUGGGAAUUUGAUUAUGCAGGUUUCUAGUCCAGUUGUUGUACCUGCAGAAAUGGGUUGUGGAAUAAUGGAUGUGUUACAGUGUUUGGCUUCAGUUGGUAUCGAAAAGCUUUCAAUGCAAGCAAAUAAACUCAUGCCUUUAGAAGAUAUAUCUGGAAAAACCGUUCAACAAAUAGCUUGGGAAUCUACACCAUCUUUAGAGGCCCCAUACAGGCAAGAUUCAUUACAACAAGAGCCGAUUCUUGGGCAAAAUGCAGUGGAUCACUUCAAUGGACGAAAAACGGGUCGCGGGUCAAAACAAUAUGAAUUGGAUGGGGUAGACCAAGAAUACGUAUCACUGGAGGAUCUUGCUCCAUUGGCAAUGAACAAGAUUGAGGCUUUAUCGAUUGAGGGGUUAAGAAUACAGUCUGGCAUGUCUGACAAGGAUGCACCUUCAAAUAUAAGCCCGCAAUCCAUUGGUGAAAUCUCGGCUCUUGAGGGUAAAAGAGUAAAUUUUGAUGGGUCUUUGGGUUUGGAAGGAGCUGGAGGGUUGCAGUUGUUGGAUGUUAAGAACAGUAGUGGUGGUGGUGGUAACGAAGAUGAUGUUGACGGGAUUAUGGGUUUAUCUGUUACUCUUGAUGAAUGGAUGAGACUAGAUGCUGGUGAAAUUGACGAUGGAGAUGAAAUCAGUGAAAGAACUUCAAGAAUUCUUGCUGCUCAUCAUGCGAGUGAUUUAAUGCGUGCAAGAGUCGGUAAGAAGGGAUCAAAGAAAGGUGGGCUUUUAGGGAAUAACUUCACUGUGGCGUUAAUGGUUCAGCUUCGUGACCCGUUAAGAAACUUUGAGCCGGUUGGUACUCCAAUGCUUGCUCUUGUUCAAGUUGAACGGGUUUUCGUCCCACCAAAACCGAAAGUUUACAGCUCAAUUUUUUCAUCAUGGAAUAAGCCUGAAGAAAAAGAGGAGGUGGAUGAAGUAAAAGUGGAGGAAGCGAAAGAAGCUUUUAUCGAAGAAAAGGAAGUUUGUGUUGAAGAAAGUGUUUUGGUUCCUCAGUUUAAGAUCACAGAGGUUCAUGUUGCAGGAGUGAAAACCGAACCAGAGUCAAAAAAGAAGUCGUUAUGGGGUUCAAACGCUAAACAACAACAACAGGCGGGGUCACGGUGGUUGGUUGCAAAUGGAAUGGGGAAGAAGAACGCGAAACAUCCACUUAUGAAAUCAAAAGUUGGUGGUGGUGCUGAUAAAUCUGGUGGUAGUUUGUGGAGUAUUUCAUCAAAGGGGAAGGGGAAGGGGAAGGUGGAUCCACCUGAAAGGAACCCCAAUGUCAUCAUCCCUAAUGAAACAGUUAAGUUACUAAGUGGGGCCGGUUUUAUAUGAGGAAGACAGAGUGAAUCUUUUGGUAGCUCAAUGGAUUGUAUUGGUUUGGUUGUUUAUAUAUAUUUUAUGUCCAGAAAUAACAAGAAGAUGCUGAAAAGGUGUUUGUUUUGUUAGAAAGCAAUUGUUAAUGGGUGUGAUGUAGUUUCUUGUUGCCUUUGACCAAUGAUUAAACUUGACUCGACCUGGCCGCGUGGAUGAUCAUUGGCUCGUAAUUUAUCGAUUUUGACCGAAUGUAAUUUCUUAUGUUUGUGAUUCAAACUCAGAAUUUAUAUGAUUUGUUUUCCCUUGUUUGUAAUGUA